CUGCCUAUACCGAUCGUCAUACACACCCUCCUAAAAGAUUUUCGUGAAUUUUCAACCGGGGGCGCUUUUCCAGUUUAUCGCCAACGGAAUUUCCCUCGGACAUGGCCACCACAUCUUCGGGCUCGUGGCCGACGUCUUCGACUAGUCAAAAACACGAAGAGACCGGCAUCGAAGAACCACCCACUUGUGAAUCCCCGGAACCGAUGUCCUGUUACUUGCACCACGAUCCCGACCAUCCUAUGUCGUCGUUUUCCGUUAUCAACAAGAUGCGAGUCAAUAUCCAGCUCUGCGACGUUUCCCUUCGAGUCGGUGAUAGUGUAACAAAAGCUCAUAGAUUGGUGUUAGCUUCCUCUAGUCCUUAUUUUUACGCUAUGUUCAACGACGACAUGGCUGAAAAAUUACAAUCCGAAGUCGAAUUACAUGACGUAGACUUGGGUGCUCUACAACUUCUAAUCGAAUAUUCAUAUACUGGCCAAGUACACAUAACAGACGAAAAUGUUCAGGUACUUUUACCCGCCUCUUCAUUGCUCCAGAUAAACUCUGUCCGAGACGCAUGCUGUACGUUCCUGAUGAAACAGUUACACCCGACCAAUUGUCUGGGUAUCAGACAAUUUGCCGAGACGCAUUCGUGCAACGAACUGAGGACCCGGUCACACCGCUAUGCAUUGCAAAAUUUUGAAGAAGUGGUGAAAACCGAAGAAUUUCUUUUUCUAUCGUACUCCGAGGUUGAAAAUUUAGUAUCUAACGACAAAUUGAACGUUGUGUCCGAAGAGCAGGUUUUCGUGGCUGUCAUGGAUUGGAUCAAACAUAAUCCCUCCGAACGAUCGCAAUACAUCGCUCAGCUUUUGGGACACGUGCGACUAGCCCAAAUGUCAAAGAUGUUCCUGUUGAACGUAGUCGAAACGGAACCUUUGGUGCGCAGUGAGCCUAGUUGCAAGGACCUGUUGUUGGGUGCCAUGAAGUACCAUUUAUUGCCUGACCAGAGGUCCGAUUUUGCUAGUAAGCAGACAGAACAACGGAGCCCGGACGGACUGAUGCCGUACAUAUUCGCUAUUGGAGGUGGUAGCUUGUUCACUAUACACAGCGCUGGUGAAUGUUAUAACCCUAGACACGACCGUUGGCUGCCGAUCGCGCCCAUGUCAAAAUGUCGAAGUCGCGCGGGUAUCGUGUCACUGGGCAAAUUGAUCUACGCUAUCGGAGGAUACGAUGGCAUUGUGGACCUUUCUUCGGCAGAGUGUUACGACCCGAACUGUAACAAGUGGUCGGCUGUCACGUCACUAGGCACGAAAAGGAGCUGUUUGGGAAUUAGCGCUAACCACGGGUUACUGUAUGUGUGCGGCGGUUUUGAUGGUGCAUCCUGCCUGAGCAGUGUGGAACGAUACGACCCACUGACCGGCGUUUGGUCGUCAUGUCCUAGCAUGACAACCCGUCGGCGAUAUUGUCGCGUAUCCGUCGUCGACAACUGUCUGUACGCUUUGGGAGGCUUUGACUCGACCAACUACCAGUCAACAGUGGAGAGGUACGAUCCGAGAAUGAGCAAGUGGAUGACGGUGCCGGCCAUGAGUAGCAGACGUAGUAGCUGCGCCGUGGCCACGUUGGAUGAUAUGCUUUAUUGCGUGGGUGGCAAUGAUGGGACAAUGUGCAUGUCGAGCGGCGAACGGUUGAACGUCAGACGGAACGCUUGGGAGCCCAUAGCUACCAUGCAGUGUCGCAGGGCCACUCACGACAUGGUCGAACUGGACGGCGGGCUGCUGGUGCUCGGCGGCAACGACAGCAACUCGAGCCUGCACUCGACCGAGCGGUACGAUCCCCGGAUCAACAGGUGGACGAUGUCGACGCCGAUGCCGACGCGCCGGAGCUCGGUGGGCGCCGCUCUGCUGUACUGCUUCAACAUGGACGGCAAGCUGACGGCCGCCGCCGCCGCCGGGUCCGCCGUCCUGAGCGGGGGCGUCGCGAUGGUGACCGCCGCCGGUUCGGGCACGGCGUCCGUCACCAGUUCGCCGUACAAGUCCACGGCCACGUCCGUAUGAUUGCCGUGGUCGACCACCAGCGGUUGGCGGUCGAGCAACCACGACGAUUCCGAACGUUCUCACUCGUUGCCAAACUAAGACCGCAGGACCGUGUCCUGCAGGACCCGUCUUAUCUGCGACAACAGCACGCUGUACACACUGCGCGUUUGCCGAACGGUGGAAAUCUCCACGGCGCAGUCGAAUAAUCGCGCGUACCUAUCUAUAUAUAAGAUAUUUAAUUAUAAUAUAAUAUAGUUAUUAAGUAUUUUCUCGCGGACGACGACUUAGUCGGACGGCAUACCUAUUCGCAUAUUGGCCGAGUUUCAUUUAUUCUCUCUCUCUCUCUCUCUCUGUAUUUGCUUAUUGCGGAAUAUCGUCUACGACCGUGUAUACCUAUUGGCUAUUGAUAUUCUAUUGGUCUGUAUAACUACGCGGUACGGUAUCGCAGGCAUUUGGCGUUAUAAUAACACAUUUUUAACUCAAUAAAUAUGAGAUAUCUACUAUACAAAUGCAUUAAAAUGUGACGUAUAAUAUACACCUACUUACAUUAAAAAAAAAAUCUAUUUCGGACGAACAAUCAAAUUACCACUUUGUUUGGGGGACCAAAAUGCUCAUCCAAUGUAAAUUACGCAUACGAUUUUUAAACGCCGUACCUAUUAUAAAUACCUACCUUAAUGUUGAUUUUUAUUGGUUCCUAAUAAAUUUACCAUUAUUAUUAUUAUUUAAGCACAUUUGUAUAUUACACAUAUUAUAGCAGAAGAUUUAAUGCGUGUCCUUUUACAUAUAAUAUAUAUAAAUAUUUAGCUUGUCUAUAUUAUGUUUUUUUAGCAUUUUUGUUAUAAUAUAAGUUUGUACCAAUUAUUAAAAUUUUUACUGUGAUGGAUAAUAAUUAUUAAUUUGUAUAUUUAUCACCUGUACUAUUAUCACUUCAGAUUUGAGCUAUAUAUAAAUUAUACAUGUUUUUUAAUAAUAGAAUAAACCUUGUGAUAAUAGUG